GUCCGAGACUCGUACUCUUCGCCAAUGAAAAACGGUCUUUCGUUCUUCUGGGGUGCUCAGAUCGGUACAGCUCUCAGCCUAGCCACUGUAGCGGAUCCAGUCAUGGCAGAAUCGGAACUCUCAGGAUUCGUGCUGGAAAGCCAGUGGGCGCGGCCUCCGCAGCGCUGCGGCCUUUUCUGCCAGGACUACAUUUCCCAAAGGCCCUCGCGGGAACGGGGCCACCUCCCCUUUGUGUCCUCUGGGGGCCCCAGGCAACUGAGGCGCUUCUUUCCGGGCCCCCUGAAGCUGGGUUGCGUCUACCUCAGGACAGAGGGUGAAGCCGGAGUUGGGGCGAGUCCAGAGCCUUCCGGGCAGAGACGGGGAGUCCCGGGAGUUGAGUUCAUCAGUCAUCUGAGGUCAUCGCUGCUUCUUAAGAGAAGAGCCAGGAGGAACAUCUGAGGUCAUUGCUGCUUCUUAAGAGAAGAGCCAGGAGGAAGAAGGAAUGGCUGUUGGACUUCUUAAAACCAUGUACCAGGAACUGGUGACCUUCAGAGAUGUGGCUGUAGACUUCUCCCAGGAGGAAUGGGAUAGUCUGAAUUCUUCUCAAAGGCAUUUGUACAGCAACGUGAUGUUGGAGAACUAUAAGAUCUUGGUGUCACUGGGCCUUUGCUUUUCUAAGCCAGGUGUGAUAUUGUUGUUGGAACAAGGAAAAGAGCCAUGGAUGGUGAAGAGAGAGCUGACAGAUGGCCUGUGCUCAGGUUGGGAGUCUAUGUGUGACACUGAAGAAUUAAUCCCCAAACAGGAAGUUUAUGAAGAACAGUCAUCCCAGCAGAUAAUAGAAGAACUUGCUAGCAUUGGCCUUGAGUAUCCCAGCUUGAGAGCAGAGUGGAAAUGUGAGGGCCAGUUUGAGAGGCAGCCAGGAAGUCUAAAGGCAUGUGUUAAGGAAGAGACCAUCACUUAUGAAGAAACUCUCACUGAUAGCAAAUCUUGGGGAAAUUUCUACCAGAACACAUUGCUUCACACACAACAGAUAAUCCCUAAAGAGGAAAAUAUAUAUAAACAAGACACACGUAAGAAACACUUUGAAAAAAGUUUGAUGACUAUUAAACCCAAGAGUAUUUAUGCAGAGAAGAAACUUUUGAAAUGCAACGAUUGUGAAAAAGUCUUCAGCCAGAGCUCAUCCCUUACACUUCAUCAAAGAAUCCAUACUGGAGAGAAACCCUAUGAAUGUGUGGAAUGUGGGAAAGCCUUCAGCCAGAGGUCAAACCUUGUUCAGCAUCACAGAAUUCAUACUGGAGAGAAACCCUAUGAAUGUAAAGAGUGUAGGAAAGCUUUCAGUCAGAAUGCACAUCUAGUUCAACAUCUGAGAGUACAUACUGGAGAGAAACCUUAUGAAUGUCAGGUAUGCAGGAAAGCCUUCAGCCAGUUUGCCUAUCUUGCCCAACACCAGAGAGUUCAUACUGGAGAGAAACCCUAUGAAUGCAUUGAAUGCGGGAAAGCAUUCAGCAAUAGAUCAUCCAUUGCUCAACACCAGAGAGUUCAUACUGGAGAGAAACCUCAUGAGUGCAAUGUCUGUGGAAAAGCAUUUAGUCUCCGUGCAUACCUUACUGUGCACCAGAGAAUUCAUACGGGAGAGAGACCCUAUGAAUGUAAGGAGUGUGGGAAGGCCUUCAGCCAGAAUUCACAUCUUGCUCAACAUCAGAGAAUUCAUACUGGAGAAAAACCUUAUAAAUGUCAGGAAUGUAGGAAAGCCUUCAGUCAGAUUGCCUACCUUGCUCAACAUCAAAGAGUUCAUACUGGAGAGAAACCCUAUGAAUGUAUUAAGUGUGGGAAGGCUUUUAGCAAUGACUCAUCCCUUACUCAGCACCAGAGAGUUCACACUGGAGAGAAACCUUAUGAAUGUAAUGUUUGUGGGAAGGCUUUUAGUUACUGUGGAUCCCUUGCCCAACAUCAAAGAAUUCAUACAGGAGAGAGACCCUAUGAAUGUAAGGAAUGCAAAAAAACCUUCAGACAACAUGCACACCUAGCUCAUCAUCAGAGAAUUCAUGUUGGGGAAAAACCCCACGUCUGUAGUGAGUGUGGGAAAGGCUUCUGCUACAAGUCGGAAUUCAUUAGGCAUCAGAGAAGUCACACAGGGGAGAAACCUUAUGGGUGCUCUGAGUGUGGGAAAGCCUUUUCACAUAAGUCAACCCUCAUUAAACACCAGAGAAUUCACACAGGGGUAAGACCCUUUGAAUGUUUUUUUUGUGGGAAAGCCUUCACCCAGAAAUCACACCGCACAGAACAUCAGAGAACACAUACAGGGGAGAGACCAUUUGUGUGCAGUGAAUGUGGAAAGUCGUUUGGUGAGAAGUCAUACCUCAAUGUACAUCGGAAGAUGCACACAGGAGAAAGACCCUAUCGUUGCAGAGAAUGUGGAAAAUGCUUUAGCCAGAAAUCAUGCCUCAAUAAACACUGGAGGACUCAUACAGGAGAAAAACCCUAUGGGUGCAAUGAGUGUGGCAAAGCUUUCUACCAGAAGCCAAACCUCAGUAGACAUCAGAAAAUUCAUGCUAGGAAGAAUGCCUAUAGGAAUGAAAAUCUAAUAAUUGUGGGCAAGCCUUGAGCAAGAUACCCAAUCUCAUCAAUUAAUGAAUGUAAACAGUAUUUUAUUAAAAGAGAAUUCCUCCUCUCAUCAUAUUGAUAAAAAUUUCAACAUAAAAAACAUAAAAUAUUUCAAAAAUAUAAACAUCACUACUUUGCCAUAAAAAGGUUUAAUUUUAUUAAAUAGGAUGACAACAGAAUAUGAAAUGUAUGUGAAGAGACUGGAAAUAUGUUGUGGUACAUUCCUCAGUGAUCUGUAUAAGAAUUAUUUUAUUUUGGAAUUGGAAAUGUGAAUUUAAUAUAAAUUGAGAAUACCAAACCCAUAUGUCAUAUACAAUAUAGAAUACCCCCCACCAAACUUUCCAUUCUAAAUAUCGCCAUUGUCUUUCGAUAUGUUAAUUGUGUAGAAAAUAAUGCUAUGGUCAACUCUUUUAAGAACCUCAACAUAUCAGCUACAUUUUCUGCACCUGGUAAUAAAUGUAAAUGUCUAUAGUAGUUCUUAGUGAUCCUUUGACUGAAUAGACACUGUUUUAAAAUAUCUUGAUAAGUCAAGCAAAAACUUGACCAAAAUCUUGUUUAUGUUGGAAGUGCAAAGCUAAAGAAUACUUUUAACAGCAUGGAAUUGAGUAAAUGACAAUAUAAACUUGAUUGCUCAAUGUACUAUU